CUGUGUGUGAGAGAGAUUAUAUCAGAAGCCUCACUGCUUCGCUGAUUUUGAUGCAUGGAAGGGAAGAUACAACUGAAGAGCGAGAAAAAAAAAAGAGAGAAAAGAGCAGAGAGAGAGAGAGAGAGAAGGGAAAGAGGAGUACUGCACAAGUUUCAUACCUUUGUCAAACAUAUAUUUUACUGCUUCUGGGGACUCCUCAAACUCAUCUGUGAAGUUCUCAGGGGAAAGAACCAGCUUACCUAAAUGCUGAGAAAGAGUUUCUACUUUCUUCAAGGGGGGCUGAGGUCUUGAGAUAAUGCUGAGGAAGAGGAGCAGAUCACUUCAGAAAGAUCAAUCCAAGAGCCAUAUAAUGCCUGAUUGUGCUUCGGAGUCAGGUUUUCAAUCUGAUGUCUCGGGGCAGAAGCAUAAAGGCAGCUCUUUUUUCAGUGUUCCCGGUUUGUUUGUAGGGUUUGGGUCCAAGGGUUUAUCAGACUCUGAGUCAGCUAGGAGCCCUACAUCUCCCCUGGACUAUAGGAUUUUCUCAGGUCUAGGCAACCCCUUUAGGUCUCCAAGAUCAUGCUCUGAUGGCCCUCAAAAGAGCUGGGAUUGCAGCAAAGUGGGUCUCAGCAUUGUGGAUUCACUCAAUGAUGAAUCCAAGCCAUCUGGGAAAGUUCUCCGAUCAUCAGAGAGUAAGAGUAUUCUGUUUGGAUCGCAGAUGAAGAUGAACAUCCCUUCUCCCCGUAGGCAUUUGGAGGGUUCGGUUGAUUCUAUUGUGGCACCCAGGUCUCUGCCCAAAAGCUUCGUGCCAUUGCCGCAUACCCUGAUUAAAAUACCCCUUAUUGAAAUCCAAUUAGAACCCAUGCAGAUUGGAAAAGUCCGAUCUUGUCUGUCAGAUUCCGGCAGAUCAUCACCACCUUGGGAUUUCAGCAGGUCCCCAUCACCCUUAACCAACUUAGCAAACGGUAACAUCAAUUCAAAUGUCAAAGAUAUUUGGGCAGAACAGAAAACCAUUCAAUCUGGUUCACCUCCCAUAAUUAGCGGAGUUCCAAAUUUAGACAAUUCUUUGGGUAUGAAACCAAGUUCACUUCCGAUAUCCAUUGGUUCUGGCCAUGGGUUUAUGGGGUCUCUGUCUGCAAGUGACAUAGAGCUUUCUGAGGACUAUACCUGUGUAAUUUCUCAUGGCCCAAAUCCUAGAACAACUCACAUUUUUGGUGACUGCAUUUUAGAAUGUCACAUUAAUGAUUUAAUCAAUUGUAGUAAGAAAGAACAAGGGAUUGGAUCGCCCCGGGUGGAGAAGCGCUCGGAUGGUUCUGUUCCGUACCCUUCGAAUGAUUUUUUGAGUUUCUGCUACUCUUGCAAGAAGAAAUUGGAUGAAGGGAAGGACAUCUUCAUGUACAGAGGUGAGAAAGCAUUUUGCAGUAGCAGUUGCCGUUCCCAGGAGAUUUUGGUUGAAGAGGAAAUGGAGAAAAGUAGCAAUAAUUCCUCUGAAAACUCUCCCGAGUCCACCUGCCCUGAGGAAAUUUUCCUAGCCGGCAUGGUUGUAGCUACAUAAUAAAGCACUAUAAAGCCACCAUUCCAUGAUUGAUGAAAUUGUCACAGAGGUAAACACCCCAGAUCAUCUGUUUAAAAGAGCUGUCUAUGUGAAUCUGUUAUCAGCCAUGGAUGGUCGUUAUGUACAUUCUCUGUUUGCUGAUUGAGUUUCAGCUUUCAUGGUAUUGGGUUGGUCAUGGGCGGCAGACUGCUAGCUUAUUUUUUGUUUGUUUCUUUUCUUUUUUCCUCCAAAAUUGGGACAUUGUUGCAAGCUUAGACUUCUGAUGUCUCAUAAUUUUGAUUAGAAAGGGUAGAAGCUGAUGUACUGGCUCCCCGCUUUUUCAUUGUUCCUGCUCUCUUUUGGCAACUGUUUAUCGAUAAGCUUCUUAACUGGAUAUUGAAUAUAAGUUACUUUUACAUGAAAAUGAUUCGCAACUUGUUUCAAUUAC